UCGCAGGAUUUGGAAGCCUCUCCUGGCGGGAAAUUGCUUCUUUGGGGCUUUGCUGUUAAGGCCCUGCGGCGAGGAAGAUCCGAAUGAAAGAAUUGGGCCUCAGCUGGGAGAAGAAAUGAAAUUAGGCAAGUCUCAAGCAAGGAAAAGAGGGGGAACCACUUAACCAAACAAGGUGGUUUUUCCUUAGCAGAAGCGCCAGUGUUUUUCAAAGCAAGAUCUCAGUACCACCACCAUCAAAAUCACCGGCUCCAAAGUAAAAAACGCUGAUUCGGUCCCACAAUAUCCCUAAAGAGUGCGAGUCUUAGGCUGAGGCUGUAAGGCGACCUUCUUAAGCCGCGGGCGCUUGGAGCGGGGUUCCGCCUCUCUCACCCUCGGGGCUCCGCCCCUCCCGGCCUCCCGCGGCAAUCUUGGCGGGAAGACGCCGGCUGCUAAAUAGCAGAAAGAUGUCGGGGUCUGGCGCAGCGGUCGAGAAGGCGGAAUCCAGACAGCGACUCCAGGUGAAUGAAUAUAAAGAAAACCAAAACAUCGAUUGUAUAUCUUUGAGACCAGUACAGACUACUCUUUUAGGAAAAACAGCUAAGGUUUAUCUUGUCCCUUUUUCACUCAGUAAUCUAGACCAAUUUAAGUGUUCCAAAUCCCUAAUAGGAAAGAAUUCUAAUAAUGAAGUGGCCUGUAAAAAGUAUAAGACUAAAAUAAAAAAAACUUGUGGAAGGAUUUUAACUCCAAAGAUGAAAGCCACAUCUUCCAACGCAGAUUCCACUCUGCAAAAAUCAUCCUUAGAUGUUCAUACUGAAAGUAACAAGCCACAACACAGCAAUUCAGAUGCUGUGAUUAUUGGUGUUGAUAUGGAAAGCAGUCAGGAUGGAGACAGUGAUGAAGAUACCACACCAGGCUUGGAUGAUUUUUCAGGAUUGUCACCGUAUGAAAGAAAGAGACUGAAGAACAUAUCAGAAAAUGCAAACUUUUUUGCUUCUCUUCAGUUAUCUGAGUCAGCUGCAAGGCUUCGUGAAAUGAUAAAGAAGAGACAACCUCCUGAAUCUAAGAGAAAGAAACCUAAGAAGACAACAAAUGAGAUUGGAUGUAGAAGGUCGAUGCGAUUACUAAAUGUUGAUCCUUCAGGAGUUUCAUUACCAGCAACUCCAACACAGCCGUCAUUGGUAGCAGAUGAUGAAACUCAGCCUUUGUUACCACCUGGGCCUCUAGAAAUGGCUCCUAAAAAUCGAGAUGACAACAAGGAACUAUUUAAAGGAUUUCUGGAGACAUGGACAGCAAUGAGCAAGACAAGUAGUAAGAAUACUGAGAAAGGGUUAUCUAGCAUUAAAAGCUACAAAGGUAAUUUAAAUGGCAUGGUCCUUAGUGAAGAUACUGUUCAAAAAGUUACUAAAGGCCCAGUAUUCUCUUUGGCUAUCCACCCAUCAGAAACUAGAACUUUGGUAGCAGCUGGGGCCAAAUUUGGACAAGUUGGACUUUGGGAUUUGACCCAGAAACCUAAAGAAGAUGCAGUUUAUGUUUUUCAGCCCCAUAGUCAGUCAGUUAGCUGUCUUUACUUCUCACCUGCCAAUCCAGCCCACAUAUUGUCACUGAGCUAUGAUGGCACAUUACGCUGUGGAGAUUUUUCCAGGGGGAUUUUUGAAGAGGUGUGUAGAAAUGAAGGAAGUAGCUUUUCUUCCUUUGACUUCUUGGCAGAAGAUGCCUCUACUUUAAUAGUAGCACACUGGGAUGGAAAUAUGUCACUGGUAGAUAGACGGACACCGGGAACUUCUUAUGAGAAACUUAUCAAUUCUUCUUUGACAAAAAUAAGAACUAUUCAUGUCCACCCAGUACAUAGACAGUAUUUUAUCACUGCAGGAUUGAGGGAUAUUCAUAUUUAUGAUGCAAGGCGCCUGAAUGCCAGGGGAAGCCAGCCUUUGAUUUCUUUGACUGAACAUACAAAGAGCAUUGCUUCAGCCUAUUUUUCACCUCUCACUGGUAACAGAGUUGUGACCACAUGUGCUGAUUGUAAGCUGAGAAUCUUUGACAGCAGCUGUAUAUCCUCUCAGAUUCCUCUCCUCACCACCAUCAGGCACAACACUAUCACUGGGCGAUGGCUGACCAGGUUCCAAGCUGUGUGGGAUCCUAAACAAGAAGACUGUUUCAUGAUUGGCAGCAUGGCCUAUCCACGACGGGUAGAAAUCUUCCAUGAGACAGGAAAGAGGGUGCAUUCUUUUCUUGGUGGAGAAUGCCUUGCUUCUGUGUGUUCCAUCAAUACUGUGCACCCGACUCGGUAUAUUAUGGCUGGAGGUAAUUCCAGCGGGAAGAUACAUGUUUUUAUGAGUGAAAAAAACUGCUGAGUUUUUGGUUUAGGAACCCAAUUUGUUCAAGUUGAUCACUGUCUAAGGGACCUAGUGAUUCAUGUGCCUUAGUGUGUUUACUUAGUAAUAUGCUAUAUUUAGCAAAUACAAAAUUGCUUUAUUAAUAACUAUGAGUAGAAUGUCCUUUUAGUAAGAGAGAAGACUUGGAGGAUGUUUCUAUAGGAUGGGGAGGGAAUUUGAGGGAAGGCUGAAGAGCCUUCACUUUCAAUCAGACAGUAUGUUGAGAAAUUCUAACAUUAUAAAUUAUAAAGUUUUGAAUGAUCAGUAUUAAAAGUUUUUGUGGUCUAAUGAUAUGUUUUUGGUUCUAUAGUAACAUAUGGAUUUGUGGUUGAUUUUGUAGUUUGGAAUGAAUAUUUAUUUCUAGACUCACACACUGGAAGGGAUCCUUGAAAGAUCAUCUAACUCAGUGAUUUUUGAACCUUUUAAUUUUUUUUUUUUACCUUUUUGCCUCUUGCCUCUAAGGUAAAUCUUAUGUGAAAUCCCAAGAUAACUGCUGAGAAGCUUUGGUUUACCUGGGGCAGGGCCUGCGUCUGAGUGUGCUGAGCCUUUCCUUUCCCCCUCUUCUACCUGGUUCCUGAAACACCUCCAGGAAUCCCAGGACUCCUAGGCACAGGGUUUGGAUCUACCCUGAUUCCUAUAUAGGGAUAUUCCAGUGUAAGAUUGUCCUCAGACCAGUGUUUUUCAGACUAGGGGUUGUAGCUCUUCACAUGAAAUCAGUUUAAUGACCAGUGUUUAAAAAAAUGAAAAGGAAAGAAUUAGUAAAGAACAGAAAACACAAUAAGUAUUAUUUUAUAAAACUUACAUAUACACAUAUAUUUGUAGGUAUAUAUAUUUAUGUAUACUCUGAUGUAAAAUGUAUUUUUGCAUUAGUAUUGCACUGUGGGUCAUGGCUAAAGAAGUGAAAGCUACCGCCUUAGAAUGUCCCAGACACCCGUAUCUGUCCCUGCCUUUAAAUUCUCCAUAGGAGAGUCAAUAAUAGCCUGUUAAGUGAAUACCUUCAUUCCAACUCAUACUUUGGAGAAAUGUUAUGAAAUACCACUUUGGGUAUUUCUGUAUAAAAAUGUUUUUAGAAGUUAUGGUAAUGUCAUCGUGUCUGUUGUUAGGAAAGGGAGCCGCUCAAUCAGUGACUGAUAUUACUGUGUGACAUCUAUCCAACUUUUUUGAUUGUUCUUCAUUGCCAAACUACUCCUGAAAGACUUGUAAAGAGCUUUGGCGAUAUGUUUGAAUUCUAAGAGGAAAUAUUAUUAAAUACUUUCUUAUAAUUAUAUAUCACAGAAAUAAAGUGAUGUAAUUUCCUUGAAGAAAAUUUGUUUUCUAAAUACUUUCCUUCUUUAUAAUUAAAAUUUAAGUGUUUUGAGGUUUAGUUUAUUAAUAGGUUGAAGGUGUUUAUAAAGACUAGGAGUUCUCUAUGUUCAACGUGAUAUGAGUAGAGGAAUUGAUAAGUCAGAUGAAAACAUUAAGAAAGGGAAAAAGCUAAGUGAGGUUGAGUUAUAUUUAAACUAUUCAUGAAACAUUGUGAAGGAAGGCUUUAGGCUCCCUUUCCCUUUUUUAUACCGAUUAACUUCACAGGUUCUUGAGUGGGUCUAUGGGAAUUUUUUUUUUUUUUUUUUCAAAAUAUUACAGGGGUACAAAUGAUUUGGCUACAUGAAUUGCUUUUGUACAAUUUGAGUCAAAAUUAUAAGUGUGUAGGUGGGAAUUGUUCUUUUUAAGAUGCUGGAAACUACUCUUAAUCAAAUUAGUACCAUUAUUUAGGCUUUGAAUACUUAGUGGUAGUUGCCUGGCCUCUGCAAUAAAUGUUAGCAAAUUCUU